AUCCACGUUUCCAUAUUGAGUCCAAAUGUCCAAUCACAUCCUCCCUGACAUUCACAGGCUCUUGUUCCAUAUCCCUCCCCUCAAAGCCUCAUUCUCCUCUCCUGUUUCCAAUCAUAAACCAGCAAAUCCAGAGAUUCAUGCUCUGUCAGAAGACUGGUAGAACCAAGAAAUGUCGAAACUAUCAUUUGAUGUCGAUCACGCGUCUCCCAAGGACGAAAACAUAGGGGAGCCGACAGAACCCGGUCGACCACAUGAGGCCCUGUUUCUGGUCUUGCCUUAUCUUACCUUAUCCGGGCUGAUUGCCGUGGGCAAAGCGUGCACAUCUCUGAGAGAUGCGGUGCGCGACGACGUUCUGCCGUGGCUCGAACUCGCCGUCGACGAUCCUUUGAGUCGGCGGAUGCGUGACGAGAUCCUUAUCGAGAUCACUUCGAAGGCGAAUGGGAAGCUCCGGACACUGGGGCUGUCCAAUUGCACAAAAAUCACAGACGGUGGGCUGCAAAGGGUUAUAGAGAAAAAUCCUCUCAUCAACAAGUUAUAUUUACCAGGAUGUACUGGCUUGACACCAGAUGGAGUCAUAAACGCAGUGAAGACUCUAUCAGCAAAUGGGAACAUUUUACAGUCCAUAAAGAUCAAUGGCAUCUACAAUCUGCAGCAGCAACACCUUAAAGUGCUCCGAUCCUUCAUUCAAGUGAAUCCCGAAACGCUGGACCACAAAUGUUCCAUAAAGUUUGGGCGUGAAGGCGACUGCAAUGUUUGUCCUGUCGACGUGGGAAUCUGUCCGAAGUGCAACGAGGUGAGGAAGGUCAUUAGCUGCCCUAUAGAAAUGUGCGCGGGAAAGAGAGACUGGCGAUUAAGCGAAUGCAGAGGAUGCGGCUCUUGCAUUCCGAGGUGCAUCCAGUGUGGCGUGUGCGUCGCACUUGAAGAUCUAGAGGAGGCCGAGGCUAUUUGCGCGGACAUCUUAUGCAUGAGCUGCUGGCUCCAACUGCGCAAGUGUGACUUCUGCAACAAGCCAUACUGCAAGCGACACGCGGAGGGGCGGCUCAAUCCUUCGGGGCCUCGGGGGUUUGUUUGCGAGUUGUGCACUGUACACGAGGAGGAUGACAUUGAUGUAUAGCUUCGGGUCAAUGUAUCUUGAGAACGCACAAGCAUAAGAGUUCCCUCGUUUGCAUAUGAAUUCAUCAAGGCAACGAUAUGCAGCCAGCUACUGCUCAAUGUGCAGCAUGUACCGAAUAGUCUCUUUUUGCUCCUGUUAGUACACAGGUGAUGAAAUGAUACCU